UCAUGCAAUAGAUGGAGCCUGCGAUUCAAUCGAAUAUCAACGGCGUGGAGACAUGCGCGAUGGAGACCCAGGACAUUGUCAAGGGUAUCGCAGUUGUCAGCAACGAAGGGAUAUCGGCCAGAGCAAACACCAGAGACUGUGCAGUGGUCCCUGCGGCAAUUUGUGAGCAGACUGCAGACAUGAUGACGGAUGGUCAGGCCAGUGAGAAUGAUGCAGGGUGUUUUGUUGCAGACGAGAAUGUGGUCAGGACGUCAGCAGGAACUCUCUUCCCCUAUGACAUCAAUUGGGUGCCUGGUCGUCUUCUACCGUGUAUCGUUGGAGGAGCGCCGUGCUUCGCGUUUAAAGUAAAUGGGGAAUGGGUUCCAUAUCCCGCCCCCAAAGCGACGUCGUGGAGGGGCGUGACUCUGUCAAUCAUUUUCGAUAAAGUGCUGAGGUUGAACGAUGAGGUGAGCGCUGACGACAAAUCGCGGCAUGUGUUGAAACUGUGGCAUGUUCUGGACGCGAAGGGCGAGUUGAGGCUCAAUGAUUUUGAGUACGACAGUGUCGACUGGGGAGAGUCAUGGGUGAUUGGCGGGUUGGACACUGCAGCGAGUUCGCCGGCAACAGUUGAUGGCAAGGUGACCAUGGCAGCGAAACUGCAGACAGGCCAUUGGCUGCCCUUGGGGUGGAUGCAUGCAGGCAUGGUGGAGCAUUGGCAGUUYCUGGUGGUAGUGGCACRWGUCUCSAUUUUCAAUGCARAUGUGAAGGASCRCGUGCUGGUUGUGGAGCAUGCAAAGCGGUGYUGRGAGAAGAUAAGGGAGGAGGACCGUCAGAUGGUGUGCAUGGGUUACGACUCCAUGCCAGACCAGGGGAUGUGGUCCAUGGUUGAGGGGAGUCUUGGUGGGCAAGGGGAGGGCGAUGGCGAGAACAGGUACAUGGCUCACAUCCGCCGCAGGCAUGGUUGCUCCGCCCUUGUUGGUUGCGUCCCGGCCAUAUGUCGCAUGACAUACGAGCAAGGUGGAGAGAUGAUGAUGAGGUUCAGGGACCCGCUUGGUGUGCCGUUUCUGCUGACGUACUCGGAUAACCUCCUGCGAGACAUUCGGUAUAUGGUGGCCGAGGACACCCGAGGUGGACAUCGGAGGCCGGGACAGACGGAGGAGACGCGCCCGGGACAUCAGGACGGUUUGUCUGCUGAGGUGGAGGGCCCAUGUGGCGGUGAGCGAGUUGCAGGGUGCUCUGCAGCGCAGGGUGACGUGGCCGGGCCCAGCAAGACAGCGAUGUUCCACAGCCCGAGGAAGGUGAAGGCGGUUGUGUCGAGGCCGCGGAGGGGGAAGACGGCUGGUGACAAGCAAAAGAAGAACCCACAGCCUGUGCCACAGACCGGUAACAAUGCAGAUGCGCCUGCACGGGUUCACAGACGCCGCAGACACCCCGGGAUGGCAGCUUUGACAGAGAUCAAGAAGCUGCAACGAUCCACCGACCUUUGUAUCCCUUUCAGGCCCUUCUUGCGCGUCGUCCGCGAGGUGGUGGAGAAGGACAUUACCCCUAAUAAGGUCCUGAGGUUCCAGAUGACGGUUGUGCGUGCUUUGAUGGAGGCUUCGGAGGCUUACCUGGUCGCCAACUUCGAGAACACAAACGAAGUGGCGAUCCACUCGAAGAGGGUGACCAUCCAAGUGAGGGAUAUGAGGCUGGUGGAUAGGUUGACGAAGCCUCGCUGGGUGGAGAAAUAUCAGGGGAUAUUGGACGAGAGGGCUCGAGCUGAGGACAGGCAGCGACGGAUGGAUGCCAGACAGGCUGAGAGGGAAGGCCGGGGAGCAGGCGAGAAGAGAGAAAGCCACCGGCACCGAAUCGGUCGAGAUCUCAUUGAUUUUGUGCCAGCGUCAGCAGGAGAGGAGAUCAUUAGUGGCAGACCAUUGUGGGGGGGCUUGUUGGGUUGUGCUCUGGAGCGGCUUGGUCUUGCAACCGGCGAUGUCGAGAGACAGAGAGAAAGGGAAGAGGGUUGGAGGCUGAUUGCCAGCGAAACAAGGUUACCGGUCAUUGAAGAAACCGGGGAGACAUCAGCAGCACAAGAUACGAGUGGGACGAUGGUGGUCGACGUGUCUACCAUGCACACAUCAACGACAGAGGACUUGGUGUAUAUGGACAUGUGUGAGGGUUUCUUCUUAGGGGAACAACAGUUGGCAGAGCGCAGAGACGAUCCAGAGCACAGAGAUGAUGCAGAGGAGGAGGAUGAGGAAGAGUACGAGGGGUCUGACGUGAAGGAGAGCGGCAGCGACGUCGGCAGCGACGAAGAGGACGACGACAAUGAUGUGUACGACGAUCUCAAGACGGCCUGUGGACAAGUAACCAAAGGUUGGGCACAUGCAAUCCUCAGUUUGGCACGAGUAUUUCUCGAUCCGCACAACGUGCUGCGUGUGGUGUUCAAGGGGGCGACACCUGAUGGCGCAAUGCAGUAUGCUGCAGUGACCAGCAUAAUGCAAUCCUUCAACAAGGGGAAAAAAUGGUCACGUGUCGACAAGGGAUGGUUUGUUCUGGUGAACAGAGAGGAUGUGCUAGCAACAUCGUUGACAUGGGGACUGAACCUGAGCUGCCUCCUGCAUGGCGCAGUGGCCACAGCUUGGGGAGAGACUUUGCACCCCGGCUUGUCAACAGGGGACGUAAUAUCCACCGCAUUUAGGAAGCGAAAGGCCGUCAUCUUCCACAAGGCCCUUUCGACGGUCUUGCAAGCUGCGAAGGAGGCAUCGCACGACGGCAUCACAAUACCGUCGACGCGAUUCGGGGACGUGACUGUCCACCCUUUCCUCCUCAACUAUAUACAGGACUACCCAGAGCGAUGUGCGCUGGCGAAUGUGAAGUUUGGUGCAUGCACCGUGUCAAAAACGGACGUCGAUAUCGUGGCCGAUUUCACGGACAGCAGGAGAUCCCAGACGCUGGAAACUCAACUCGCAGCAGUUGUAUUCACGGCGGACGACGAUGACGUGCGCCAUGCGACGGAAAGGCGAAUGGCGGAGUUGGACAUGCAUAGGCAUGUUGAACAGAACGGCCUUUGGGGACACAGCGGACCCCAAGUGGAAGAAGAGGAGGAACACGACCGUUCCGCGCCAAAGAAGUCAGAUGGUGCAGAGGACGAGGAGCCAGGAAACGAGGGAGAUGACAGCGAUUCUUCCCGCAGACAAUCGAAAGACACCGAUGACGACGACGACAGCGAUGGCAAGUCGGCCAGCGAGAGAACCGACGAAGACCAGAGCGUCGCUUCGGAAAGAGGUGGUUCGUCAUUUCCUUCGAGAACGCUGCGCAGAGAAGAAGAACGACAAGCACACAAUGGCAGCGACACCGAGGAGCGUGUCGGUGACAGAGAAAUCGUACAGCACGUCAGCGCCGCCGAAAAAGAGGACGCGUUUUUCGCGGCGGUGCAAGCGACGGCGAAACUGGCAGGGGAGACAGCAGAGGAAGGGCUGCGGUCUCACAUAGCAGAGUGCGAGAUUCGAGUUGUCAUAGGGGAAUGCAACAGAAUAAUGACGACGAUCCGCGGAGAGAUUGCAUGGCAGCUGAAACAUUGGUUUUGGGCUGAAAAAGGGAUUCCGCUCGUCGGAUCGCAGCAAACGGACCACCACCUCCCCGCUCGCAACAAGAUGCGCACCGAGAUGAAGGAGAACAAGACGUGGAGACGGAGCGGCGACGAUCCGUGGGGCGCCCCCGCCUUCAAGACGACACUCUUAAAAGUUUUUCAGAUGAGGAAGGAAGGCCGGAACCUGGGCGUCACCCUGCAGCAACUGACUUUUGCAGAGAUGGUCAUUCAAUGUGAGAUAGAACAGACAACGAAGACGACACGAGCUGCGGAGCAGAUAGAAAAAUUGGUAUCUAUAAAGCAGGCAAUCGUCUCAUCUCUCUGUAGCCGAGACAUGGUAAUGAGUUUUUCCGUCUUCAAACUGGACCGUUCCGCAUCCGUGGCUGAGAAGGCAACAACGCUCUUUCGCUCUUGCACGCCGUCUCUCCACAGGCCUAGGCCUCCAAGCACCACAAUAACGGAUGACGAUUACGACAUCGAGUUCAUUCUCCCUCAGAGUACAGCCGCCGGAGACGGGGACAGGCGCACCGAUAGCCUGUGUGCGGCACCCUGAACAACGAGGGACAGUUUGGCGACAUUUC